AUGUUGUCUGGAAGUGUCAAAGUGUAUGUGGCGUGCACUUCCGUGCUGUAUCUGAAAUUCGUGGCGGCGACGAUGGUACAGGGUAGCAAAAAGUUUGCCACUGGCGGACGUCCUCCUGAAGACUCUAAUCUCCCACCCGCCAAACGCAAACAGACCUUUGGUCGUGAUUCGACCAGCGAUCCCAAAACGCAAGAAGCUGCUCAGCGCUGGGGCAACAUCGUUAUGAACGAUCUUGAGACCAUUCCGUUUGGCCUCUUGAUUUUCGGCGCGGGUAUCAUGGCUGGAGCGGACUACAACGUUCACAGUGGUGCGAUGGUGGCUUUCACGACGGCUCGUUGUCUGCACACGUAUGCCUAUGCAAACUCAAAGCAGCCGAUGCGCUCCUUGUGCUUCGGAGUCGGGAUGAUGGCGACGGUGGUGGGUCUGGGCAGCGCUGUCAGCGCAGUCGUGUAG